GGGGGCCCCUUCGCUCAGCGCCCUGUUCCUGUGCAGGCUCGCGGCCAGCAUGGCCCCCACGCUGCAGCAGGCAUACCGGAGGCGCUGGUGGAUGGCCUGCACCGCCGUGCUGGAGAACCUCUUCUUCUCCGCCGUGCUCCUGGGAUGGGGCUCCCUGCUGAUCAUGCUAAAGAAGGAGGGCUUCUACUCCAGCCUGUGCCUAGCUGAGAAUGCCACCAACACCACCCAGGCUGAGCGGCGGUGGCUGAGCUGUGACCGGCAGGACGAGAUGCUCAAUCUGGGCUUCACCAUCGGUUCCUUCGUGCUCAGUGCCACCACCCUGCCGCUGGGGAUCCUCAUGGACCGCUUUGGUCCCCGACCCAUGCGGCUGGUUGGCAGCGCCUGCUUCGCUGCAUCCUGCACCCUCAUGGCUCUGGCCUCUCGGGACACUGAAGUUCUGUCUCCGUUGAUAUUCCUGGCGCUGUCCCUGAAUGGCUUUGGUGGCAUCUGCCUAACAUUCACUUCACUCACUCUGCCCAACAUGUUUGGGAACCUGCGCUCCACAUUCAUGGCCCUCAUGAUCGGCUCCUAUGCUUCUUCUGCCAUCACGUUCCCGGGGAUCAAGCUGAUCUACGAUGCUGGCGUGGCCUUUGUGGUCAUCAUGUUCACCUGGUCUGGCUUGGCCUGCCUCAUUUUCCUGAACUGUGCCCUCAACUGGCCCAUCGAAGCCUUUCCCGCCCCUGAGGAAGUCAAUUACACGAAGAAGAUCAAGCUCAGUGGACUGGCCCUGGACCACAAGGUGACAGGCGACCGCUUCUACACCCACGUGACCAUUGUGGGCCAGCGGCUGAGUCAGAAGGCCCCCAGCCUGGAGGAGGGGGCCGACGCCUUCAUCUCAUCCCAGGAUGUUCGAGGCACCUCGGAAAACCUCCCUGAGAGGUCUGUCCCCUUCCGCAAGAGCCUCUGCUCCCCCAUUUUCCUGUGGAGCCUUCUCACCAUGGGCAUGACCCAGCUGCGGGUCAUCUUCUACAUGGCCGCCAUGAACAAGAUGCUAGAGUACCUCGUGAUCGGUGGCCAGGAGCAUGAGACGGAUGAACAGAGACAGAAGGUGGCAGAGACAGUUGGGUUCUACUCGUCCAUCUUUGGGGCCAUGCAGCUGCUGUGCCUUCUCACCUGCCCCCUUAUUGGCUACAUCAUGGACUGGCGGAUCAAGGACUGUGUGGACGCCCCGGCCGAGGGUACCACCCCCAGAAAAGCCAGGGAUGAGGCUGCCACCAAGUCCAUCCGGCCACGCUACUGCAAGAUCCAGAAGCUCACCAAUGCCAUCAACGCCUUCACCCUGACCAACUUCCUGCUUGUGGGUUUUGGCAUCACCUGUCUCAUCAACAGCUUGCAUGUCCAGUUUGUGACCUUUGUCCUGCACACCGUGGUCCGAGGUUUCUUCCACUCUGCCUGUGGAGGCCUCUACGCUGCAGUGUUCCCAUCUAAUCACUUCGGAACGCUGACGGGCCUGCAGUCCCUCAUUAGUGCUGUGUUCGCCCUGCUGCAGCAGCCGCUCUUCAUGGCUAUGGUGGGACCCCUGAAAGGAGAGCCCUUCUGGGUAAAUCUGGGCCUCCUGCUCUUCUCGCUCCUGGGUUUCCUGCUGCCUUGCUAUCUCUUCUACUACCGUUCCUGGCUCCAGAAGGAGUACGCUGCCAACGGGACAGGCCCCCUCAAGGUUCUCAGCAGCCCGGAGGUGACUGCAUAGACUUCGAAGGCCAAGGACCCCGACGGUCACACCAAGGCCCGAGCAACCAGAGGGAAUGACCCAAUGGCUUUUCUACCUGUA